CUGCGACUAGUGGACAUCUAGCUCACACCACAACUUCCCCUCUUGGCUGUAAGGUAUAUGCAAUACUUCAGACUAGGAAUACACUUGAUAAGGCGAACCACACAAACUGCAGCAUUUCAGCUGAAAGGGUCCUUUACUCUGGUGAAACCAUGGCCUUCUUGAGAACAAGGACGUCACUCGUGGCCAUUCUUCUAUUGAUGUGUUUUGAUCAAGUCUCUGGUCUCACAGAUCCUCAGGUGUGUUAUGUGCUGGACGGCAUCCUGUUUGUGUACGGCGUGGUAUUGACCGCUCUCUACUGCAAAGUCACGAUAUUUAGCAAGGAAAAGGACAACGAUGGGACAUCAAAAAAGAAUGGUGAAGACAGCAUCUAUACGGACUUGACUCCUCGUGUUCAGGACACCUAUGAGGUCAUCGGCAUGAAGAAGUCCAGGGAUGUGAAGUGACCGACGUCCUUUUUUUCCUUUUGUAUUUAAAAAAUAAACAGAAUAUUAUUUUUCACUUAGAAUUUCAUGAGAAUGUAGAACUGUUAGAACCGGUGACCACUUCUCUUUUAUUGUUUUUAGAAUAUUGUGGGAAGUUGAGACAGAUCAGAGAGAAAGAGGGAAGUUGGGCACAAGGUUGUAAUUUUUUUACUCUCAUCUGUCACAUUUGCUAAAAAACAAUUAUUUAGUUAUGAGUUCUGAUCUCACAAAUAAAAUCAAAGAAUAUAUUUUUGUCAAUUCAUGUAAAAAAUUAAAUUCUUUAAGGACAUAUAUACAUUUUUAAAUAUAUAUAUAUGUUUACAAGCAUGAGAUAGGCUUGAUUUAUUUUUUAUUUUUAAUGUUAAAUAAAGAGAUUAGUCAGUAUUAUAUAUUUUACAUCGUUAUAUUAUUUCCUUAAUUAAACCGGAUUUUUGAGGGAAUUUUUGGUUAAACUGUAAACAACUUAAUCACUCGUACUGUAUAAUUUGUACUUCUGAUCCUGUACUCCCUCUUGUCGGAUUUUUCUCUUAUUUUAUUAUUGUUUUGUAUUGAUAUUUAAUUAAGGUCGAGUGUAAAUGUUAGCUCAAGUUUAAAAUGAGACAAAAGUUAAAAUGACAAAUUUUGUGUAGAAUACUGGCUACAUUGAUAUACGUAAAAAUAAUCUCGCGCCAUCUUUUUCUCCGUGAAGCCAUUUUCGAUCUCAACUGUACUUAUGUUUACCACAAGAAGGCAGUGUUUCGUCUAUGUUUGUAUUAUCUGCAGCCGCCUUGUCCGCCCAAACAAAAUAAAGGGGUCCACAAACUGAUCAGUGCUGUGUUUAAGCAUACCUUGGUAUAUUGCAUUCAGUAAUUAGCUUUAUUUUGUACAUUUAUGUAUUUGUAUAUGCAGAAAAAUUUAAAAUAAAAUGUCUAAUUAUCAACCAAAA